AUGUCACAACUUCAUGCUGAUUGCCUCAACGAAAUUUUUGAAUAUUUAGAUAAUAAUAAAAAUACUUUGUAUUCAUGCUUAUUAGUCAAUCAUCUUUGGAGUGCAGUUUCUGUCAGGAUUCUAUGGAGAAGUAUCAGAAAUUAUCGUACAUUAAUUAUUUGCCUUCCAAAUAAAUCAAAGAAGAUUUUAUUUGAAAAUGGAAUUUCAAUCUUAACUUCAAAACCUCUAUUAUUUAAUUAUGUAACAUUUUGUAAAUCUGUAUCAUUUCAUGAGAUCGAUAUUAAUAUUGAACGACUUCUUAAAAAACAACAAUUUUUUUCAAUUCAAAGUUCAAAAGAUAACAUAACACAGGAAAUAUUUAGAUUUCUUAUGAGUCAAAUAAUUUCUUUGAGAAAAUUAAUUAUUACAGAAUUUAUACCUGAGAACAAAGAUAUGAAGUUUUCUUUUAGACAUAUGAAACCUUUUAGAUAUGGAAAUACAAAAGUUCCACCUUUGAAGACUCCUAAAUUUUCACCUGAGAACAUUAUGAAGAUUCUCACCGAAUUAAGAGAUAGGAUUUUGACAACAGUAGAUAUUUCAAAAGAAUUAAUAGAUUUAAUUUCUGUUCAGAAAAAUCUAAAGAACUUGUACAUGUUACAGUUACGAUACGAGUUUAUACUUAAUACUAAUCUCUCAAAUUUACAAGAACUCAAAUUAUAUUGUAAUAAUUAUGAUCUUUGGAUAUUUAAUUAUGACCUUGUUUUCGACCGAUUUAAAAAUUCUAACGAUCGUGAAUGUUAUGAAAAAGCAUUUACUAACUUAAAUAACUAUCUUAGUACGAAUAGAUUAAAUGAAUUCUUGGAAAAUAAUGGAAGAAAUAAGAGGAGUAUAUGUAUAUAUUGUAAAAGUAUUAGAAUUCUUAAAACAAACCUUACAAAUAAUGAUUUAGGCGUAUUGCGUAAUUUUUUUAAAGCCUUUCCAUUUUUAGAAAGUAUUAGAAUUUGUUAUCACGAUUUAAAUUCAAUGAGAAAUUCUUAUUUGACAAAAACAUCAUUAGUUCCAGAAGAAUUAGAAUUACUUUUAGAAAGUUGGAAAAGUCGUGUACCACAGAAACCACUUUCUUUGGUUAUUACUGGCUAUCAUACUUUUAUUGAGAAUGAUGGAAAUAUGAAGGUAAUUGAAAAGUAUACUGAAUUAGGUACUAUUAAGUUAGUUAAAAAACCUAUAGAUAAUUUGUAUAAAUACGAUGGUAUUGUAUUAGAUCAAUUAUCAAACAGAUAUUAA